AUGCACCCACAGCUAGAUAAAAACAGAUUUGACACAUGUGAAAAACUAAUGGACGCAUUAGAAGAAUGCCACCGAAAGGAAUUUCUCAAACAGUGUCUUGGAUUAUGUAAUUUUGAAAAGGAGCAAUUAAGUCAAUGUUUACACUACACUAGGGUUAAUGAUUCCAAAGAACGUAUAAGACAAAGUAGGGAAAGGCAAGCUAAGAUGAAGUUGAAGCAGAAACAGAGGGAGGAGGAGGAGUAUGGAAAGAAUGGGUAUUUGAGGAAAGUUAUCGAGUUGGAGAUGCAAAAGAAGUAA